AUGGUUUUAAAAAUUUUGGAAAUAAUCAAUUUGACACAAAACAGUAACAUUUAUCAAUUCAUUAAAAGUUUAGCAGAAAGGGAAAGAGUAUCGGAAGAACGUAUUAAAGAAAUAAUUGUCGAAGCCUUUCGAAGGUCCUAUUGUAAAGAAGAAAAUUCCCGAGCCGAAUUAAGUUUUGAAUUUAAUGCCGGUUUGUCAGUUUAUCGUCUCUAUCAAAUAGUUGAAGAAGUUAAGGACCCCGAAAUUGAAAUCGCCCAAAACGAUAAAUUAUUAAAAAAAGGAAAAAUAAAAGAUAAUAAAUUGUUUCUAUCCUUAGAUAUAAAAAACUUUUCGCUUUCGCUUAGCAACGAAAUUAGAAAUCAAUUAUUAGGAGACUUAGGAGUAAUCGGUCAGGGAAGACAAUACAAAAUAUUUAAGCCAUUAGAAGGACAAAAAUUCGUCUUUUUGGUUAAAGAAGUAAAAGAAAAAGUGGAAAAAAAUAUGCCUCAAAUUAUUUUGACCCGCCAGGAUAAUUUGUUUAUUCAAAAAGUAUUGGAGCAGGAAAUCCCCCAAAUAAAGAGAAAUAUUGUAGCGGUUCGUCAUAUUUUACGUUUUCCGGGGCUGGUAAGUAAAGUAGUAGUUGAAAGAGGUCAGGUGGCAGUUGAAAAGGGAUUAGAUAUUGACCCUUCCGGAACUUGCAUUGGUGAGAGAGGCGAACGAGCAAAAUCGGUUUCUCGUUUAACUUAUCCGGAACGAAUAGAAAUGGUGGACAUUACCAUUCUCCAAGAAAAAAAAUCUCUGGUUUUAGAAAAUCGCGGUAAUAUAUUGAAAGAAAUUGGAAAAUAUUUGGGAAAAACUAUUCAUGUUCGCGAUUUAGAAGAACGUAUUAGGAGAAAAAGAACUCUAACAAAUAUGAAAAAAUAUGAAAGUAGCGAUUUGCUUCGGCAAAUAAUUCACCGAAAAAUUACCAGUGCUAAAAACGAAUCAAAAGGGAAAUGUCUUUAUCUUUGGUCUGAAAAUAUAAAUGCCAAGAAAGGAAAAGCAGUUAGUUUAAACCAGUUAUUACCUUUUGAGUGGUUAGCCGAAUUUUGUCAAAGCAUUAGAAUAGGUUUGAAAAGAAAAGAUAAAAUUGAUUUCCGAGAAGUUAUUCACGAAUAUUUAAAAAAAGUAGUGGAUAGUUCUCAGUUAGCAGAACGACCUCCGAUUGUUAGUAUCAUGGGUCAUAUCGACCACGGAAAAACGACUUUGCUUGAUACCAUUUGCCAGACCGCUUUACAAAAAAGGGAAGCUGGCGGGAUAACCCAAAAAGUUACUAUUUCUCAAAGCGAAUUCCAAGGAAAAAAAAUUACUUUUUUGGAUACUCCGGGACACAGUGAUUUUAUUAAAAUGCGGGAGCGGGGAGUAUCUUUGACCGACCUGGUGGUGCUUGUAAUUGACGGCAAAGACGGAGUAAUGCCUCAAACUAAGGAAAUUAUUAAAUAUCUUUGUCAAUAUGAAUUACCGGUAAUUGUUUUUAUUAAUCAUAAGAAACCACAUGAAACUGAUAAUGAACCCAAUUUAAACCGAAUCAAGGACCCUACUCACGGGAUAGUGAUUGAUGCUUAUUUUCAUCCUCAAACUGGUUCACGAGUAACGGAGUUGCUAAUUCAAGAAAAAAUAAAAAUAUUACUUGACACUCAGGGCAAAAAAAUUACCGCCGCUUCACCGGGCGAUAUAAUUAAAGUGAUUGGUCUAACUUCCAAUGCUGAGUUAGGAGAAAGGUUUUUGGUGGUAAGGGAUGAAAAAACCCAAGAAACCAUCCAAAAAGAAUUAGUUGGUUAUUCCGAAAAAGGUAGCAAACCCCUUCCCGCUUCUUUUCUCCAAGAGAAAAAAAAUAUUAAUUUAGUUUUAAUUUCAGACAGCCAAAACAAAUUAAAUGCUCUCCAUGAACUAGUCAAGAAAAAAAAUGCGGAUGAGACCGCCGAGGUUUUUUUUUCGGUCGUUCAUGCUACUAUUGGAACCUUAAAUAAUUAUGCUCUUGACCUAGUCAAAAUUACGCAAAGCACAGUUUUAAUGUUCGGUCUAACACCUAAUCAAUCGCAAAUGAAAACUUUUAAAGAAAAUAAUAUUCCUUUUUUUGCCAGCAAAGUUAUUUAUGAAAUUGAAACUAAAUUAGAAAAACUUAUUGGUAAUCAACAAGUAGUAGAAGAAAUAGAAGAAGUGGUCGGUCAGGCUCGGAUAGUAAAAGUUUUUGAGUUUUCCAAAGGAAAUAUUGCCGGUUGCCAAGUAGUUAAUGGCAAAAUUAAUCGUAAUAAUCGAGUUCAUGUUUACCGAGGAAAAGAACCCCAGCCAGUUUUUAGCGGAGAAAUUAAAGGUUUAGAAAGCCAGUCAGAAAAAAAAUCGGAAGUUAUAGGCGGUCAAGAAUGCGGAGUUGUCUUAAAAGGAUUUGAUGAUUUUCAGAGAAAAGAAAGUUUAUAUAAGCAAGAAGUAGCCCAAAUUUUAUACCAAUUGAGUUUAAAAAAUAACCUACCAUUCUUUUCAGUUAGUUAUUGUCUUUUGAGUGCCCGAGGAGAAAAUUUGAAAGUUUAUUUAAUCUCCCCCCAUUUGGAAGUUAAUAAGGAAAAAACAUUAAAAUUAUUAAAUAAGGAGUAUUUAACUUUAAUAAAAAAAGAAAUUGCCAAAAUAAUAGUUAAACCUAAAAAAAAAAUAUUUUCUGAUUCUGAGAAAGAUGUUGCUCGUUUUAUUGAUAACCUAGCUCUCGAAAAAGUUUUAGAAAUUAAGGAGGCGGCACUUGUCAAAUCCGCUCUCAAUUUUGAUGAAAUAGAAGUUGCUUCAAUUCUUAUUCCCUGA